AUGGCCACGCUGGUCUCCUUUAUCCUCUUUCCCCUGGCGCUGCUCCUGUUUGCCAGUGGAUUCUUUCCGUACAAGCCGUUCAUCCCAGGGCUGGCGGCCUUCGAUGAACAGGAUAGUGGCAGUCGACCAUCGCCCAUCUUUGAUCGCGUUGUCUUUAUGGUGGUAGAUGCGUUACGGAGUGAUUUUGUUUAUGGAAACCACUCUGGAUUUCAAUUUACGCAGAAGUUGAUCAAGUCUGGGGCAGCAGUGCCGUUUACUGCGCACGCUGGCUCACCAACAAUUACUAUGCCACGGGUGAAAGCAAUCACGACUGGAUCAGUGCCGUCGUUUGUUGACGUGAUCCUUAAUUUUGCGGAAUCAGACACCACGUCAACUCUCGCUCACCAGGAUACCUGGCUGGCCCAGCUGAAAGCGAAGCCAGAUGGUCGACUCGUCAUGUACGGUGACGAUACAUGGCUGAAACUUUUUCCUGAUAUGUUCUACAGACAUGAUGGCACUACAAGCUUCUUUGUCUCGGAUUUCACUGAAGUUGACAACAAUGUGACGCGGCAUAUCCCCGAGGAAAUGGGCAAUUCCGAUUGGAAUGCUAUGAUAAUGCAUUACCUUGGACUCGAUCAUAUUGGUCACAAAGCCGGCCCGGGAAGCCCACAUAUGAUACCCAAACAAAAAGAAAUGGAUACUAUAGUCAAACAAAUAUACACUUCUAUGGAAACGGAGACACAUCUCUCUUCCGCACUCCUUGUCCUAUGUGGUGACCACGGCAUGAACGACGGUGGUAAUCAUGGCGGUGCUUCUGCAGGAGAGACAUCUCCUGCGCUGACCUUUAUUUCUCCAAAAUUUAAGGAUAUGGGGCUUAUAAAGGCGCCACUUAAGACGACAUCCGGUGAAUUCGAGUUCUAUGACAUGGUGGACCAGUCUGAUAUUGCUCCUACUUUGGGUGGACUGCUUGGAUUUCCGGUUCCGCUUAACAAUCUAGGGGUUAUAAUCCCCCAGUUUCUCCCAUUAUGGAAAAAAGACUCGGAACGACUACAACUUCUUCAAGAAAAUGCUAAACAGAUUAUAAACAUCGUGAGGCAGACUUAUCCAAGCUACAAAUUUGACUCUGUUACUCCGUCAAGCAGCUGUGAUGAUGACUCCAAGACGGAUGUGGUGGAGCUUGAAUGCAAGUGGCAGAAAGCGCAGCAGCUGAUCUCUCAAUCCGCUGGCGAUACCAAGUUCUCCACAGCCAUAGAAUCAUCACUCCUAGAAUUCCUACGGACCGCACAAGUCAUGAUGUCUAGCACGGCGAGCAACUAUAACUUAACAAGUCUAUAUCAAGGCAUAGCAUUUUCCGGUCUAGCUUUCUUCCUAUCUCUAUAUGCAUUUGUGCAAAAGGGGUGCAAUGGGUCUGCGGCAGUGGGAUAUGCAUCCGUAAUCCUAUCUGGAUACGGAGCCUUGAUGUUCGCGAGUAGUUAUGUUGAAGAAGAACAUCACUUCUGGUACUGGAUGGCUUCCGGCUGGAUCUUCUAUCUUUACUGGAAAUCAUCCAAUAAGCAAGGGGUCAAACCGGGCUACGCUGCUGCUCUUGCCCUUGCUGCCCUGACAAGGGUUAUGCGACGCUGGAACCAGACUGGCCAAAAGUUCGCUGGGGAGCCAGAUAUUGCCAACGCUUUCUUUAAGGAACAUCCAAACGUCACUGCAGGAACUUCCAUGAAUAAAGUGCUGUCCCUAAUUUACCUUCCUUUGACGAGCUUUUCGUUCAUUUUUAAGGUUGUUUUCACUGACGCCGACGCACCCGAACUUAUACGGAAUACCCCUUUCCUCCCGUUUCUAGUCAAAGGUGUACGAGGAUUGUCGCUCGUUUUCCAGGCCCGUCUUGUCCUCAUAGGCGUCUUGAUAAGUUCCAUGUAUCCGAUAUAUUUGAGAGCUACAAGGCAAGGCGUCCAAAGGCGUGGGAAAGAAGAUGUUCGUGGGACAUUUCACUCCCUUCUUACUCUAUUCCUUAUCACCCAAUCCCGCGCCACCAACAUUCCUCUAUUCGCUAUCUUCCGCAUCCAGCAGCAAAUUCUCAGCUCCAUGUCAUUGUCCACCACUGAAAUCACCAUCACCUCCCUCUUAUUCCAGUAUUCAAGCUUUUUCGCUCUCGGGGGCUCCAACGCUAUCUCCUCCGUCGAUCUAUCCAACGCAUAUAACGGCCAACUGGGCUGGCCCAAUCUGGUGGGUAUCUGCCACACACCACCUAUUGAGCAUCACCCGCCCAAUGCGCCGGAACCAGCCAAAUAG